AUGAGUGUUGCAUUAGAUUCAGAGCUGCAGGAGCUUCUAAGUCUUGUCAGUGGUCAGGGAAACUGUGAAGAUGGCUCUUGUUAUCCAACCAUUGGGGAUCUUCUAGUGGGACGCAGUAAGCAGCUGUCAGCAUCUUCAACAUGUGGGCUGGAGGUGCCUCAGAGAUACUGCAUCAUCAGCUACUUAGAGGAUGAUCAGAAAUGUUUCAUCUGUGAUUCUAGGAAUCCAUAUAAUCAGUAUUAUUAUGCCAAUAGUCACCGGAUUGAGAAUGUCAUAUCAACAUUUGAUCCAGAUUGGAAAAAUAAGUGGUGGCAGUCUGAAAAUGGAGUUGACCAGGUCAGCAUUAGACUGGACCUAGAAACAUUAUUCCAGUUCAGCCAUCUUGUGAUGACAUUCAAGACAUUUCGUCCUGCUGCAAUGCUGGUUGAGCGAUCACGUGAUUUUGGAAAGACGUGGAAGGUGUUCAGAUAUUUUGCGCAAAACUGUGAUUUAGAAUUUCUGGGCGUUCCUCAAGGUCAUGGUGACGAUGUAGGAGAUGUAGUCUGUGAUUCAAGAUAUUCUGACAUGGAGCCUUCUUCAGAAGGAGAGGUGGUCUUAAAGGCUCUUGAUCCCAGUUUUAUUAUUGAUGAUCCAUAUGAUGUCUACAUACAAGAUAUAAUUACCAUAACAAACUUAAGAAUUAACUUUACAAAGCUUCACACUUUUGGGGAUACAUUAGGCAAUGGAUGGCAAAGUGUACCCCAGGAAAAAUAUUACUAUGCAAUUUAUGAAAUGAUUGUAAGAGGAAACUGCUUUUGUAAUGGUCACGCCAGUCAAUGCAUCCCAGUAGACACCAUGAGUGGAGAUGGUUUUAAUGAACCUGGAAUGGUCCAUGGCAAAUGUGUCUGUCAACAUAACACAGAUGGCCUAAACUGUGAGAAAUGUAAAGAAUUUUAUAAUGAUGCACCGUGGAGCCCAGCAGUUGGUUUUGAGGACAAUGCUUGUAAAAAAUGCAAUUGUAAUGGACACUCUGAUAUAUGCCACUUUGACAUGCUUGUAUACCAGGAAAACAAGGGCACCAGUGGCGGUGUAUGUGAGGACUGUCAGCACAAUACCAGAGGAAAUCAGUGUGAACUGUGUAAAUCGUACUUCUAUCACGAUCCUCUCAGAGACAUAUCUGAUCCCAAUACUUGUAUCCCUUGUGAUUGUGAUCCAGAUGGUACAAAAGGUAAUGGCUUAUGUGAAGGUAAAACAGACCACAAAUUGGGAAUCGUUGCCGGGACAUGCUUAUGUAAAGAAAAUGUAGAAGGAAUUCGCUGCACUCAGUGUAAACCUGGCUACUUCGGACUGAACGCCAAUGACCCUGACGGAUGUCAAUACUGUGGAUGCAACCCUUUUGGAACCCUGCCCUUCUCAGUGUGUGAUGCCAUUACUGGGCAAUGCCAAUGUCAGAGCCUUGCAACAGGCCGGUACUGUGAUGAAUGUCUACCUGGCUAUUGGGGACUUGGAAACAGUCUAUAUCCUUGUUCAGCAUGCAACUGUGAUAUUGGAGGUGCACAUAUGAGUUUAUGCUCACAAAGCACUGGUCAGUGUGACUGUCUUCCUAACAUUGUAGGACUUCAAUGUAAUGAGCCUGCAAAUGGAUAUUAUAUUGUGCCGCUAGAUUAUUAUAUUUAUGAGGCAGAGAAAGCCCAAGCCCUCUCCGGAUCUGCAACCAUAGUUAACCCAACACCCAUGUCAAAAUGCAAAGAUUACUUCCUUAAACAAGGAAUAGAUUUCCGAUUUGAAAAUGGUAGAAUAAUACUGAGAAAUAUGAGGAAAAGAAGUGUAAUGUGUACUGAUUUAUUCCAGGAAAUGGUUCCAUAUGGCACAGAGGGUGUGGUGGAGCUGGUAUUGAGGCCACCAAGUCCUGAAAAGCCUAUAACGUGGACAGGACCUGGAUUUGCACGUGUUCUAAAUGGGGCUGGACUGAGAUUUACUGUGAACAACAUCCCUUACUCCAUGGACUUCAUCAUCACCAUUAGAUAUGAGCCAGAGUCACUGGAAGACUGGACAGCAAGAAUUACAAUGAAUCUACCGCAUGGUGCAGAGAGUGAAUAUUGCAAGAAUAGGACACCCUGGUCUGAGGGGUAUACAUUGAAUCUUCCUGCUAAUUCAAGGUUAGCUAUGCUGAAUUCAUCUGUUUGCCUGGACCCUGGCAAAGAAUACCAAAUAGAUAUCUAUUUUUCUCAAGCAUCACACACAAACACUAAUAGUAAAUUUCAUAUUCUAAUUGAUUCGCUUGGACUGAUUCCCCAGAUUGCUUCUGUACGCAAUCUAUGCACGGAAAUGGAAUUAGAAGAGUAUGAAUAUUAUAACUGCAUUCAGAUUGCCUCAGACAUUGGAACAGAACUUCUACCGGAUGUGUGCGAGAGGCUUAUAUUUAGUAUGUCUGCCCGCAUACACAAUGGAGCUCUCAAAUGCACAUGUAAUCCAGCUGGAUCUUUAAGUUCUACCUGCAGUAAGAUUGGAGGACGAUGUCAGUGUAAACCUAAUGUCGUUGGAGGCUGCUGUGACCGGUGUGCCGUGGGCAGUUACGAUUUUGGCCCAAGUGGUUGCCGAGAAUGUGACUGUGAUAGCAAAGGAUCAAUUAGUACCCUAUGUGACCAGGUGAGUGGACAGUGUGCCUGCCGCAGAGACAUACAAGGACGUCGCUGUGAUAGCUGUUUGCCUGGAUAUUAUGGAUUUCCAAACUGCCGACCCUGUCAGUGCAAUGGCAAUUCAGAGACAUGUGAUCCAUUUACUGGUGUUUGUAAAGGCUGCAAGGGAUUUACCAUUGGGACCAACUGUGAGCGGUGCCUUAAUCAUUAUUAUGGCAAUCCAAUAACAGGACAACCAUGUCGCCCAUGCAUGUGUCCAGGAUCUCCUACAAGCAAUCAGUAUUUUGCAUAUUCUUGUCAACAUGACAGUGAGACCAUGGAGGUGACUUGCAACUGUCUUGAAGGUUAUACAGGAAAGAACUGUAAUGAAUGUCCUGAUGGCUUUUAUGGAAAUGUGGAAGAAGGGGAAAAGUGCUCACCAUGUCAAUGCAAUAGCAACAUUGAUGUAAAAGAUCCUGACUCGUGUGAUAAGAUUACAGGAGAGUGCAUGAAGUGCAUGAAUAACACAUAUGGUCCAAAUUGUGAAUCCUGUCUACCUGGUUACUUUGGAUCAGGACUUCAUCAAAACUGUUCAAGUUGUAUUUGCAAUCCGAAAGGAACAAAUGCUCAGAAUUGUUACAUUUAUGAGGAAGUUGGAGAAUGUGUCUGUGACAGGACUACGGGACAGUGUCCAUGCUUGCCUAACGUGGUUGGCAUUAGCUGUGAUAAAUGUGCUUCUGGAUACUGGGGCUUCAAUACUGCAAAAGGAUGUCAACCCUGUAACUGUUCCCUCAAUAAUUCCUAUGGAAACCAAUGCAAUCAGUUUACAGCUCAAUGUCUAUGUAAACCAAAAUACAACGGAAGGAAAUGUGACAAAUGUGAAGAAAAUUACUAUGGAAAUCCAGCAGUUCAAUGUAUACCCUGUAGGUGUAACUUGGAAGGUACUCAAAAACCCAUGUGUGAUAAGGACACUGGUUCAUGCAACUGUAAAGCUGGGGUCACUGGACGAAACUGUGACCAAUGUGCUCCUAAAUUCAGGCAAGAAUUCCCUGCGUGUUCACGAUGUCAUAUGUGCUUUGAUCAGUAUGACACAGAAGUAUCAACUCUAUCAACUUCUGUCCAUGCAUUGGUAAGAUUAGCAGCAAAUAUUGGUCCCAGAAGAUCACCAGCUGGCUGUGAUGUCCACAUGAGUAUCCUCCAAGAUAAACUUUCUGCUAUUGAGAAAAUGUUUCGGACUCCAAUUCUGUCACCUGAGAAGUACAAUACAGUGAAGAAAUACUAUGACAGCAUACGCCAAAAAAUGGAUAAAAUAAAGGUUCCAGAUUUAGGAAAAUUCUAUGAAAUUGCAGAAAUGAAUAAAACUAUUUCAGAUAUGGGAAAAGAGAUUGAUGCUUUAUUCACUGUGCUUAACAAAAUAAAGAAAAAGAAAGAGAAAGAAAACAUCAUCAAUGUUAAAGAUAGUGAAGAGUCUUUGGUGAAGAUUACCAAAUACUACAACGUAUCUUUAUCUGCAGCGGAGAGCGCACGCAAUGCUACUCCCAUUGUCAAGACAGCAACAAAAACAAGGAAAACCAUUUUAAAUGCACUGAACGCUCUAGACACAAAAGACAAACAAAACUCUGACAGACUGAAUAAAAUGAAACCACUACAAAUAGGCAAAAUGAAUGAGCUGGUUUGUGGAACAGUCUGGGACUUUCCUUGUGAUAUCGCACCAUGUGGAGGAGCUUUAUGCAGAGAUAGAUUUGGAAAGAGAAAAUGUGGUGGACCAAAUUGCAAUGGUGCAUUGCCACUGGCCAAAGAUGGCUUGAGAAAAGCAAAUGAAACAGAUGCUAAGCUAAAAAGUGUUGCAGUUCAUCUACUUGAUGCAGAGAAACAGAUUGAGAACAUCAGGCAAUUAGCUGAAAACACAAAGUUAAAAGCUUCACAGCUGAACAAAACCCUAAGCAAGGCAAUGAGUCGCAUAGUAGCUGACAAAAAUCACGCUAAAGAACUUAUAAAGAAUGUUAAAGAUUUUCUUUUGGACAGCAUACCUGUCCACCAAUGCCGAAGAAAGAGUGCUCUGGGUGGAGGCCAACCUAAGACGCCACAAGAAUUUGAUGCUGUUGCAACCCCAGAAGAAAUAGAGAAAAUAGCCAAUGAAAUUCUCGCUAUUAAGCUGCCAGCUGCACCUUAUGAGUUAAUUAACAUGCUAAACAAGAUUAAAAAGUAUUGUGACGAAUACAAGGAAAACAAGAAAAACUGGAACAAACAACUAGAAGAAGUGCGAAAACUCACCCAGCAAGCAAAAGAUGCUAAGAAAGCAGUUGAAAAUCUUCCUAAUGGAGACGAAAUUCAAAAUAAUUUGAAACAAGCUGAAAAUGCUCAGAAGAAAACAAGUACUUUAUUAAAAAAUGUGAAUAAUGAUAUCAAAGAUAUCAGAAACAAACUUUCUCAGGCUCAAGCAACAGCAGAUAUGGUUGACAUCAAAUUAAAAGCUAUAAAAGAUACACACUCACAAAUGGAGUCAAGAAUUGCAGAACUGCAAGAAAAAAUGCUAAAAAACAGGAUUGCAGCUGAUAAAGCACAGAAGGGGGCAAAUAAUGCAUUAAAAGAGGCGUCUGAAAGUAAAGAUGAUCUAAAUAAUCUGAAAAAAAAAUAUGAGCUGCUGAAGGAAAAGCUAAAGAAUCAGGAAAUCCCUCCAGAAAUUUUAGAGAGGUUACAAAACUUGAAGAAAAAUGCUGAAGAUCUGGUCAAUACUAUCAAAGAAAAAUUUGAACGUAUAUCAGAUUUAGAAGAGAAGAUUGAUGACCUGAACAAAGCUAAUGAAGAAAAAGCCAAUGAGCUCCUACAACUGGAGCAGAAAGCCGGCGAGCUUAAGGACUACAUAGUUCAGGAAGAAAUUAAGCAAGUUCAGGCAGAGGACGGCUGUCUCCUGCCUGUCAGCGGGCGUAAGUAUGAGAACAUCCUGGCUGUAGGUAGCCGCAGCCUCCCAGACUCAACUGCAGUCACAGGUGAAGUUCGUCCUGGAGACCUUAACAUCCCUAGAACAAAAGAUCCGGGACAUCAGGUUAAGGAUUUCUGUCUUUUUAAACCAGACAAAGGUCACGUUCCGAAGGAGUAUGAAAAUUCUGGGACUCAUGACAUCGACGAUUCCUGCGGUGAAAUGGGCCCAGGCUCACGGGAGACCACUUCAGGAAUUCCUGCUAAAACAGUGGAACAAGAGCGUCUUCUCCCUGGAAAAAAGAGUUACCUUACCUCCAGGGGUCAGACUCUCCUUACAGUGGUGGCUGAACGAGAGAAACCUAGUCAAGGGAGUCCCUUGGAGGCUCUCCAAUCAAACAGUGCUUAUACCAAAGGUUCUGGCAAAGAUAAUAGAGGAACGAGCCCAUGUCAUCCUAGUGGCUCCAAACUGGCCCAAAAGGCCUUGGUUCUCCCUCCUUCUGAACCUCUCCAAGGGGGACUUCUGGACCCUUCCUCAGUCUCCGGACCUCCUCCAUCAGGGCCCAGCCUGGCAUCCAGCAAUCAGUCAACUAAAAUUGACAGCUUGGAAUUUGAGCGCUCCAUUAUGAAGUCCAAGGGCUUCUUGGAUGCAGUUAUUUCUACAUUGCUCUCUAGCAGGAAGCAAGUAACUUCCAAUAUCUACUGGAGAACUUGGAAAGCCUUCCUUUCAUUUGCCAAGGAAUCCUGGAAUCCCACUCUUCCCCCAGAUAUGAGGGUUAUCAGCACCGGUUACAGGAUCGAUUUCAGUUCCCAACCUCAAGAGAGGUUCGUCCUUACAGGACGUCUAACACCCAGCAGACAACUGAUCCUGGAGGACUCUGUACUCCAGUACAUUGUCAAAGGGGCCUUAGAGGAGGUUCCUCCUCGAGAGCUCGGUCAGGGAGUGUAUUCUCCCAUCUUUCUUGUUCCAAAGCCGUCAGGAGACUGGCGCAUGAUUAUCGAUCUGCGUUACCUAAAUCGGUUCAUCAGAAAGAAGCGUUUCCGAAUGGAAACCAUUCGCUCUGUCCUAAACAUCCUGAUCCCAGCAGACAUGAUGGUGACGAUAGAUCUGAAGGAUGCUUACCGUCAUGUUCCUAUCUGUCCGGCCCACAGGAAAUAUCUCAGAGUUGCUGUCUUCAUAAAAGAGGUAGUGAAGCACUACCAGUUUGCUGUGUUGCCCUUUGGCAUCUCCUCUGCGCCACACACCUUCACAAAGGUUGUGGCUCCUGUGGUCGCCCACUUAAGGCUCCUCGGCUUAGAAGUUGUCCCUUAUUUAAACGACUGGCUUUUAAAAGCCGCGUCCGCAGACAUCUUACAAGCCCAGCUUCAACAAGCUCUCCACACUCUGCAGAUCCUGGGGUGGCUCGUGAAUUGGGACAAAUCAGACCAAGAGAGUUGGGGAACUCCAGGCUCUGGGGGCAGCGGAACCAUAUUUAAGGUUUCUGCAGGACAAGGUCCUGUUAAGAUUUCUGCCUACCUUUCUACCAAAGGUUCCUUCAUUUGUGAAUACCAACCAGACAAUAACACUGCCGGUGUUUUCUCCUACUUCUAA